GAUAAAAACAGUUUCUUCUUCUUCUUCUUUUAUUAGAGUUUCUUCUUCUUUUUCUUCUUUGUUUUCUCUAUUUUGCAGUUCCCUCUUCCUUGUAAUUACUUUUAGUUUUCUUUUUUUGAGCCUUGUGAUUCUUGUUUUUGGGUUAGCAUUUCCUAUUGUUAAGCAUAACUAGGAUCGUAGAAGGAAAGAGAUAAAGAGAAUAUGAGAGAAAUAAUAAGCAUUCAUAUAGGACAAGCUGGAAUUCAGGUUGGUAAUUCAUGUUGGGAGCUAUAUUGCCUUGAACAUGGCAUUCAACAAGAUGGAACAAUGCCCAGUGAUGCCUCAGAUGAUUCUUCACAUGAUGCUUUCAACACCUUCUUUAGUGAAAUUGGAAAUGGCCAGUACGUCCCUAGGGCUUUGUUUGUUGAUCUGGAGCCUAGUGUAAUUGAUGAAAUAAGAUGUGGUCCUUACAAACAACUCUUUCAUCCUGAGCAAUUAAUUUCUGGCAAGGAAGAUGCUGCUAAUAACUUUGCAAGGGGACAUUACACAGUUGGAAAAGAAAUUGAAGAGUUGUGCCUUGACCGUAUCAGAAAAUUAGCUGACAACUGCACUGGUUUGCAAGGAUUCUUGGUUUUCAAUGCUGUUGGUGGUGGCACUGGCUCUGGUUUGGGAUCAUUGCUUUUGGAACGUUUGUCUGUAGAUUAUGGCAAGAAGUCAAAACUUGGCUUCAUUAUUUAUCCUUCUCCUCAGGUAUCUACUGCAGUUGUUGAGCCUUACAACACUGUUCUUUCCAAUCAUGCUCUUAUUGAGCACAGUGAUGUAGUUGUGCUUUUGGACAAUGAAGCGAUAUAUGACAUCUGCAGAAGAUCAUUAGACAUAGAAAGGCCAACUUACACUAACUUGAACCGCUUGAUAUCUCAAAUUAUAUCUUCAUUAACCACAUCCUUGAGAUUUGAUGGUGCAAUCAAUGUGGACAUCUCUGAGUUCCAGACUAACCUUGUGCCAUAUCCACGCAUCCAUUUCAUGCUCUCAUCUUAUGCCCCUGUGAUAUCUGCUGCAAAGGCCUACCAUGAGCAGCUAUCAGUGCCUGAAAUAACCAGAGCCGUGUUUGAGCCAUCAAGCAUGAUGGUCAAGUGUGAUCCAAGACAUGGCAAGUACAUGGCAUGCUGCCUCAUGUAUCGUGGGGAUGUUGUUCCCAAAGAUGUAAACGUUGCUGUCUCAAAUAUCAAGACAAAGAGACAGGUUCAGUUUGUUGACUGGUGCCCUACUGGUUUCAAGUGUGGUAUCAACUACCAGGCUCCAACAGUGGUACCUGCAGGAGAUCUUGCCAAGGUGUCAAGAGCAGUAUGCAUGAUAAGCAACAACACAGCCGUGGCAGAGGUUUUCUCUCGCAUUGACCACAAAUUUGACCUCAUGUUUACCAAAAGGGCAUUUGUGCACUGGUAUGUGAGUGAAGGCAUGGAAGAAGGUGAAUUCUCAGAAGCCAGGGAGGAUCUUGCUGCCCUUGAAAAGGACUAUGAAGAAGUUGGGGAUGAAGGAGUAGAUGAAGCUGGAAAUUACUGAAAACUAUUCCUCCUUCACUAGCUUCCUACAUCUCCCCCCUAUGUUUUGUGUUUGCCAUGUAUUGUUUGUUGUCCUUGUUCAAUGUUUUUGUGUAUGUUUGUGUUGUUUGGUGUGAUAUUGAUCUUGUGAUUGUUUCACGUUUAAGUGUUGAGAAAAUUGUUUAAUUCAUGUACAAUGUAGUGUAGUUGUCAUGUCAUUUUGAAUUACUUGCUUGCUUUUUAUGCAAAAUCAAUGGCUGAGAAUGAAGGUUGUAAAAA